CUGCAAUGAGGAGCAGAGUCGAGAGACUAUGCGCGCAGGAAGCAAGGAAGCAGAACACGGAAUUCAGCGAUGGUGGUUGGCUUGGGAUUAUCCUCGGCGGAGAAGAGUUACAUUGCUGGGGGCAUUGCCGUCGACCUUCGAGGCGAUGGCAGAGGCCGCCAUCACUUCCGGGAUUUCUCCAUUGACACGUCGAUUAUUCCUCAGGCUAAUGGGUCCGCGAGGUUAAGGCUCGGAGGCACGGAUGUCAUCGCGAGUGUGAAGGCUGAAUUAUGUGCACCACCACCUGGUCGGCCUCAUCAUGGAAAAUUGGAGAUUAAUGUCGAAUGCUCACCCACGGCAGCUCCCGAAUUUGAGGGUAGGGGAGGAGAAGAGCUUUCCAUGGAUUUAUCCAGAGCAUUGCAGAGGAGCUUUUUGGGCGGUGCAAGUGGAGCAGGUGCAGCGAUUGAUUUGGCGUCAUUAGUUGUUCUUGAAGGCAAAUUAUGCUGGAUGCUGUAUUUUGACGGACUUGUGUUGAGUUCAGAUGGAAAUUUACUGGAUGCUCUGUCUAUUGCAAUGAAGGCUGCUCUGAGCAACUGUGGACUUCCCAAGGUUGAAAUCACAAGUGGCACCAAUCCUGAGGAUGACGCCGACUUUGAACUAAACGAGGAAGAGUUUACUCCAGUGGACACCUCCCGUUUUCCAGUAAUUGUGACACUAACCAAGGUGGGUAAACAUUACAUUGUCGAUGCAACGGCCGAAGAAGAAUCACAAAUGACUGCGGCAGUCUCAGUUGCAGUCAACAAGAAAGGUUCAAUAUGUGGACUAACAAAGCGUGGUGGGACGGGGCUGGAUCCGAGUGUGUUGUUGGACAUGAUUUCUGUAGCUAAGCGAGUGAGUCAAACGCUCAUUACAAGUAUCGACGCUGAGAUCAGCGCUGCUGAAAGUAGACACGACGAUCAAUAGUAGUUGGAGUAUCAAGGCUGACUGUGGGGUUUUUAGCUAGUUGAAACACAAUUUUGCAGAUUAGAGAAGGUCUAUGCAAUAUCUUCUUCGUUGCACGGUUCUUGAGAGAGAAAGAAAGAGAAAAGUUUAACAUGUAGGUUUCUAGAUAUGGAAGGUCUAGAAUUAGGAAACGCGCUUACUCGCAGUGCCUUUAAAAAAAUGUGUGAAGUUGUAUAUCCAGCGCUUUCAAGGCGCUGCAGACAAAGUAAGAAGCUUGUACAUAUUCCUGUCUCCGCCACACCUUCAAGUCUGUUGAUGUGGCUAUGCAUAAUUUUCUAUAAUCCAGAUUUUGGCCAUUUUUUCGAAAGAUGUUGGGUCUUCACGCUUUUUCUGGUCAACCGUCUAUCUGUGUGACCAAGCCUCUGUUCUGACCGCAAGCAUCGAUUUCAAAUGAAUCAUCAAGUUUUUCUCCACAAUGCAGGUUUGUUCUGCAGAUUGGACAGUCCGUACAGGCUGUGAUGUCACUCUCCAAGUGGCAGAUACUCCCUGGAUCUCAGGGCAGUGCGCUAUUCACUGAGAGAACGAAGUCCUGGUCCGGCUGUGUGUAGGUUUACACUAUCUUAUGUAGGAGAAAACGUGAAUCUUGGAGUAUGUCAUAGUGCCUUGAGUUCAAUAAAUCCAGGCUGGUCGUGGACAGCUUCCUC